AUGGAUAAAGGUUUAGGACAAGAUUAUAUAAUAGAAGGACAAGCUGGGAACGGAAACAAUUACGCUGAAUACUCGGCAAAUGAUCGUGGUUUAACGCUUUUUCUCGGCGGGACACCGGACGGGAGUCGAGUCAAUGGAACGAUUCACAUAUUGUACCGGGGUGAUAUAAUUCUCCGAAUUCCGUACACUUUCUCAAGGCGAGAGACCGAUCUGUUCCCGUUAGCGAUAUGCUUACAAGACGAGCAGUACUCGGAGUUCUCUUCAAUCAAAACGAAUGCCCAAAUCGAGUUGGUGAACUCGACGAAUGGAGUCGUGAUGAAUCCGAGAAGUGCCAUUGUCAAUGGUUCCCCGCAAAUCUUUACGAUUUAUCCAGGAUUUUAUCAAUUGACUGUUACCGCCGACCAACAUCAAACAUACGAAGAAGCGAUUUAUAUUUCCCCAAUUCCACAAGUCAUUCUUUUUCCAUCGUUCAUCACCGAGAAAACUGAAGAAAUCGAAGCGUUUAUCGACGGGCAUUUAACAAAAGAAACAUACGUCUAUUUUGAUGAGAUAAAAACUCAAUUUUUAAACAUUAAAGCUUCAACGUCAGCGAUUUCCGUUGGUGAUUCAGCAAAAAUACAAGUGGAUGCUCAUUCUUUGAACGAUUUAUUCAAAGAUCAAUGCGAUGCAAUCAUUUUCAAUGUUCCUUAUCACAUUUCGAAGAACAAUUCAGUCGAUAUUCUUCACAAUACACAAGUGAUCGUGGGAAAAACGGAGCAAGCGAGAAAGCUUUGCGAUGAGAAUUUGCAAAGUGUUUCAUUGGCGGUGAAGACGAGUAUUCAGUGCAAUUGCGCAAAUGGAGUACGAGAGAAUUGCAGACAAAAGUAUACAAGUGCAAUGGGAUGUGGCGGUGGAUGGAAAAUGAUUGCUGAUGAUACUGUUUCCCUGGAGAAUUUCGCUAUGAUCCUCCAUCUUGUCGCCGAAUGUCAACAAAUGCGGAUCUAUUUCGACGAGUUGAAAGGAUCGAUAAGUUGUAUUGCCUCAUUGGACGCAGAGUGUCCUUUAUCAAAUCGACUGAAGCGUGAAAUCUCGGAGAGUGAGGAAAAAAAGUGGCUAGAAGACAAUCAGAUUCCUGCUUUCGAGCCGAGAAUGACGUCAAGGAAGAUGAAAUCGAUUGAGAUCUCCGACCAAUGGGAUUCGUCAUUCACGAAAGCGUUGGACGUGCAAGCGAUCUCGUUUGCUGCUCAAUUCCUUGAGUUCUUCGAGAGAUUUGAGGAAAUCUUUCCAUUGCCAACACUGAAAAGUUUCCCAACUCGUUUUUGGAACGAAUUUUUCCAAUCGAUCGCCGAUCACUCUGAGAAUGGAAUGAAGAUUUCUGAAGGGGAAAACGAGAAACUUUUAGGAAAUGUGCAAAAUGGUGCCACUUUUUUGAAACUUUGGAAUAAUUCGGUCUCGGAGUGGGCCUCCGGAAGGAUUCGACCGUUUGAGGACUCCUCCCCGCAUCCACUCAUCAAGUAUUCGCAGCUGAAAGCGCUUAUCGCAGCCGCCGACAAGCUGAAAUCGAUCAGUCGACAAAACGGAGCCCCCGAUCCUUUUGCAAUGCUGCACGCAUAUAUGGGACAAGUUUUAAGCACCGCUGGACUUGAUGAAGCGGAUCUGUGCGCGGAAAGUCAUAUCAUCAUCGAGCCGAACGUCGUCGAUGAGGGAGAGAUUAUUGUGCUAACAGUCAACUUUGAGAAUCUUAAGCCAACUUUUCUCAACGCGAUCCGCCUGGAGAUUGAAUGGGUUCGUGGAGAUGUUUACACACCUGAAGUGAAAUUCGCUCCUGGAAUUUUCUCAUAUACAGGAAUCUACGCUCUCGAUGGAUCACAAAGCUUGCCGGGUAAAUCGUCAUUCCAAGCGAUUGCUAAAUACACAACAGCUCCCGGGCCUCAUUUAACACGAGAAGUCGUUUAUCAGGUUCACUACUUUAUUCAACAGGAAAAAGCCUCUCAUUUUGUUUAUGUGAUUUUCGUGAAUAAUGGUUAUGUGACGCUAAAAAAUGUGCGCGUAAUCAACUUUAAAGUUGGCUACGAAAAAGCGAACAAAGAGCCGACUCGUUUUAGGAUUGAUGAAAUGCGGAUUGAUGGAAUACAGAAAAACGGUGGCUUGAGCUACGAAUUAGGAAUGAUUAAGCCGGGAAAGACGAAAGUCGCCACGUUUCGAGUGUUUCCACUGGAUAACGAGGUGGAUUACCUUAACUUCAUCGAUUCAACUGCUCUAAUGGCUCUUCCAUCAAACACCAUCUCUUAUGAAGCGAUUUUCGCUGAUCCAAACGAUUUCCCAACACCUAUUUUCGAGCAAAAUCUCUACCGAAUACAAGGCGAGAUUUUCGUAGAGAAUGAGUUGCGCAAAAACGAGGAACAGUGCGUGAUCGUUGAAGUGAAAGAUCAGCACGGGAAUUCGUCAGUUUCAAAACUAUUCUAUGAC